AUACAAUUCUCUUUGGCAUUAUCAUGUCUCCUUGUUCAUUUACUGUAAUUAUUAUAGCCAACAUAUCGUAAACUGGUGUAUAAAACAAGUAAUUUAUUACUUUAAAAUGACUGAAACAGAUGCUACGAAGAGACCGCUAACAAUGCCCGAGAGUUUUGUACCGUACCUCGAAAAAUACAGAAUUUACAAAAUAUUCAAAGAUAUGGUGAAAGACCUAGUCGUUAAUUUACCGAAAGAUCAUCUGAAGCACAUGAAGGUGUAUGUCGGCCGCCAACUACAUUGCUCUAAAGAUAUCGACAGGGUCAUUUUACUUGUUUCUCCCCAGUUGAAAUGGAUUGAUAUUAAAGAUCUCGCUAAGCAGAUGAUCAAAGACCUCGGAUUUUUCGUCAUCACCCGUAGAGUGGUGAUGGAUCGCUACGAGAAGCACGACGAGUACGUGCCGGGCUGCGUGUCGCCGGUGCUGAUGUCGCAAGUCACCAAGAUGCUGACAGAGAAGGAACCCGUUGCACAGGCCGGUUGGCUCAUGUUUGAUCACCCGUGCACGGUGCGCGAGGCGCGCUGCCUGCAACAGGACGGUGUGCUGCCGACGGUGACGCUGGUGCUGAUGCCGACGCCGCGCCCGAGCAGCCCGCGCACAACGCACGCUCGCGCCAGGAAUUUCUUCCAGCAGGACUUCGAAGGGCUCAAGUUUGCUUAUAAGGCUACCUUGAAGGAAGUCCACGUAGAUCCCGACGACGACCUCGACAAAGUCGCGACAAAAUGUUUCAACGGGGUGCGCGCUUGCGCAGCCGGGGCGCAAGGUCCCAAGCAGGGACACCACGUGGUCGGCGCGCCUGGCGUGUACCGCGUGCUCAUCAUAGGGCCCAGGGGCUCCGGCAGGCGUUCACAGGCUAUGACGCUUGCUAAACAUUUUGGAUUGGUGUAUGUGCAUUUCGAAGAUUUAUUCGCCGAAGCUAAGGAGAAGAAGGACGAUAUUGGCGAGAAGCUGCGCAAGUACGGCGUCAGCGUGCAGACUAAAGCUGAAAUUGUGAAGCGUCGGCUUAUGGAACGGGACUGCAUCGACAACGGCUGGGUGCUCACCGGGUAUCCUAUGUCCGGUGCAGAUUUCGAGUAUUUGGACAAUAUAUCGACACCCGCAAAUCG